CUUGACAAAUCCCGUUUUUUUCCCUUUCAGCAUCCCACCUUCUCGUGCACAGAUGCUACGAUAUGUGCGGAAGCCUCAAACUAAAAGUGAGCGGCAGGUGAUCAUUCGUCAUUGUUGAUAAUGAGCAGCACUUUGUGCGUCACGGUGCGCCCGGGACUCUCCACCCUGCAUGUUAAUUGUAGGCAGAGCAGCAUGUGAUCCUCCGUCCUCCAGUAGUCCUGCGAGCGUCAGUCAGUACCAUACCGACACACAACUGCUGGCCGGCGGAUGUAUUCAUGCAUCUCUACACAAUUUCUGCGUUCAUCAUAAACCCUGGAUAUUGUUGACCUCUGCUAAAGACUCACGGACUGAGGCCCAGACCUGAAAUCUAGCUGUCACUCCUCAGCAUCUCUCCUAUAGCUACAUCCGUCCACCUCUUCUCCACUCUCCGCCUGUAUCACCUUGUUCUGUUCCCAUCAGACUCUGUCUCGCUGUCUCUUUCUCUCUCCACCCCCACCCCCUUCCCCCCCCUCAGCCUCCCUGAUGCCUAAGAACAGCAAGGUGACGCAGCGUGAGCAGAGCAAUGAGCAUGUCACAGAGUCGGUGGCUGACCUGCUCGCACACGAGGAGCCGCUGGACUACAAGAGUAGCUCCCUGAACGUCGUAGGGGCCACCGGGAAAAAGGUCCCGCAGAUAGAGGUGCCCGAAGACGAUGGACGCCCCGCCUGGAACAGCAAACUGCAGUACAUAUUGGCCCAGGUGGGCUUCUCUGUAGGCCUGGGGAACGUGUGGCGCUUCCCUUACCUGUGCCAGAAAAAUGGAGGAGGUGCUUAUUUGGUUCCCUACUUCAUCCUCCUCCUCCUCAUCGGCAUCCCGCUCUUCUUCUUGGAGCUGGCUGUGGGUCAGAAGAUCCGACGUGGGAGCAUCGGGGUCUGGAACUACGUCUGUCCCAGUCUGGGUGGGAUAGGAAUGUCCAGCCUGAUGGUGUGUGGCUUUGUGGGUCUCUACUAUAAUGUGAUCAUCGGCUGGAGCAUCUUCUAUUUCUUCCAGUCCUUCCAGUAUCCUCUUCCAUGGAGCGAGUGUCCAAUCAGAAGGAAUGGGACACUUGCCAUUGUGGAGCCGGAGUGUGACAAAAGCUCAGCCACGACCUACUUCUGGUACCGUCAGACGCUGAACAUCACCAGCACCAUCGCAGAGAGUGGCGGCCUUAACAUAAAAAUGACCCUGUCUCUGCUGGUGGCCUGGAUCAUCGUCUGCCUCGCCGUCAUCAGAGGGAUUGCCUCCUCUGGGAAGGUGAUGUACUUCAGCUCUCUUUUCCCAUAUGUGGUGCUGUUCUGUUUCCUGGUCAGAGGUUUAAUGCUGAAGGGAUCAGUGGAUGGCAUUGCUCACAUGUUCACUCCCAAGUUGGAGAAGAUGCUAGAGCCCCAAGUGUGGAGGGAGGCAGCCACCCAGGUCUUCUUUGCCCUGGGUCUGGGGUUUGGAGGAGUCAUAGCCUUCUCUAGUUACAAUAAGAUCGAUAAUAACUGUCAUUUUGAUGCCGUGCUCGUCUCUCUCAUCAACUUCCUCACUUCCAUUCUGGCCACGCUGGUGGUGUUCGCCGUGUUGGGCUUCAAGGCCAACAUCAUGAAUGAAAAGUGUGUCGUAGAGAAUGCAGAGAAGAUCCUGGGAUACCUCAACUCUGACGUCCUGAGCCACGAUCUCAUCCCUCCACAUGUAAACUUCUCCCAUCUCACCACAUCAGACUACGCUGAAAUGUACGGGGUCAUCAAGGCGGUUAAAGAGGGCGGCUUUGCCCAGCUGGGUCUGGAGCCUUGUCUCCUGGAGGACGAGCUUAACAAGUCUGUCCAGGGCACUGGCCUGGCCUUCAUCGCCUUCACAGAAGCUAUGACCCAUUUCCCAGGGUCUCCGUUCUGGUCUGUCAUGUUCUUCUUCAUGCUCAUCAACCUCGGUCUGGGCAGCAUGAUCGGCACUAUGACCGGCAUCACCACACCUGUCCUCGACGCCUACAAGGUCCAGAAGGAGCUUUUCACAGUGUGUUGCUGCAUUGUGGCCUUCUUCUGUGGCCUGUUGUUCGUUCAACGCUCAGGGAAUUACUUUGUCACCAUGUUUGAUGAUUACUCUGCCGGACUGCCUCUCACAGUAGUGGUCAUCCUGGAGAAUCUGUCUGUCGCUUGGAUUUAUGGCACAAAAAGGUUCAUGCAGGAUCUGGAGGAUAUGUUGGGUUUCCGACCAUGUAUAAUCUAUUUCUACCUGUGGAAGUACGUCUCCCCUCUGUGUCUCAUUGUGCUUAUCUCAGCCACUGUCAUAGAGAUGGCCAUCAGCCCACCAGGAUACAAUGCCUGGGUCGAAGAGCUGGCUCAGGAACGCUUCCAGAGCUAUCCCCCCUGGGCACUGGCCAUGUGCUUCGCUCUCAUUGUCGUGGCCAUGCUUCCUCUCCCUGUUGUCUUUAUCGCCCGUCGCUUAAACCUGAUGUCAGAUGGCUCCAACAAGCUGUCUGUCUCCUACCGUAAAACCAUGAUGAAGGACAUGUCCAACCUGGAGGAGCAGGAUGAGGCCAGGUUCAUCCUCUGCGCCAAGCCUGGCGAGGCGCCUUCAUCAGCACCAGCACACAGGGCCUACCUGACUCCAGGAGGGACCAAAACCCUGGAUGCCAACUCCCUGUCUCCAAACAGCUGCUACGGUACGAGCUACCAGAACGCUGCCAUCAGCCCCACCACACCGACUACACCGACCACGCCCGCCACGCCAGAGUCUGACUCUUGACUGCUGUCCAAACACCCCUCUGACACCCAGUAGCACAGUUUACCUUCCAGCCAUAAAGUCUCCACCGAGGGUCACUGCAGCAUCGAGAAUCCCCACCUCUGCCCGCCUAACACCAAAAACUGUAUGUAGCUGCCCAAUUUAUCUGAACACACGCUUUCCAAAAUAAUACCAAGGAACCACCUGCAGCAGGAUGAGAAAAAAAGACAAAAUUCACUCUUAAUAAAUGAAACACUGAAAUCAGGGUGAGACUGACAGUGACACUGUAAGUCUAUAUCUAUUCUGUAUAUAACAUCACAGGAUUUAUGUGCUUAAGAUGAAGUUUUGUGAUUCUCUUUUCUUUGACUUAGUAUAAGGAUCCUCAGCAGACACAGCCCACCACCACACACACACAGUUUAAUGUUGAUGCACAUCCCCAUCUGCACAGAGCAGGGGAUCUGAAAGAGUGAAUGUAGUGGAGUCAGUGUGGUCCUGCUGGUUGAACUGGUUGAACUGGCACAGAGAGCCAAGACGAAUGUGAAUUUAUUAUUUUAAGGUUUUAAGCCUGUCCUCCGUAGUGGUACUGUGUGCCAUACAGUCUAAGUUUUUCUUAUGCAGUGGUGCAGUAAGUACAUAUAAAGUAUAUAUACACAAGCACCUCUGUUUUUAUGUUUGAGAUAGAAAACACUUCUCAUUGUGUAGAUCUGUUUUCACAGAGCUCUGUGUAUUGUAAACUAUGCUUAAGGCUGCUCUAAAGACAUCCAUCUAUGUUCCAUUCCCUGCUGUGUUUUUAAUGUAGCCAGUAUUGUGUAUCUGUAAACAGUGGUAUGCAGUAUAGUAACAUAGAUAUAUGAUAUUAUUUAUGUUCUAAAGCCACACUCUCAUCAUCUGUUACACACACAUUAAGUGUAAAUUGUCGACAACAAAGCACUUGAAAUUUACGGAUUUAUGUUGAAGUAUAAAGAAAGAAUAUGUUGAGUUGUGUUGAAAGUGAACUAAAAAGAGCUUGUUUUAAGCUCAUGAGACUGAAACAUAAAGCAUUCAAAUUCUUCAGUGACAGAAAGCACAGCUUGUUCUUGUAAAGCUGAAACAAAUGCCCAUUCCUCGCUUAAUGCAUUUUUAACUUUCUUCCUAUAAUGCUAAAAAAGCACAAAGAGAUUUUACACAAUUAUUGUGCACAGUUAAAUUAAUAACCCUAACUGAUGACAUAUAGUUUUGAAGAUUUAUGCACAAGUGGAAUUGAAAUACUUGCUGCCGUUGAAUAUGUCCCACACAAUGAGUAAGCAAUAUAUAUUUCUAUUGCAGCACAAACUAUGUUCAAUAUGGACCAAAAACAUAAUGAAUAUGAAAUGGAAAAUUCAGCAAUGGACCAAAAGAUUGAGGAACAGAUAAGUAAUGGAGUAUUAAUCUUGCACAUAUGCUCACAUGCACACAUGCACACUGUUUCUGUAUAUUUGUGGAAUAAUAAACCUCAUGAUUUGUGAUGAAGAUCUUUGACUCCAUGUUAAACUAGUCUGAAUGGGUAACGUUAGUAAGAUGGACAUAUUUCCCUGAACCUGAUCAUUUUUGUAGUGAAUAGUUGUGUGCAAAACUGUCUAAAAGUUCAAACUGAGCACAUUCACCUUCCUGUGACAUGGAAGGUGAUACCUUAUUUAUUUUUUUAUCACAAUAUUCUAAGCCAUGGUGUUAAUUAAAUGGACUAUAUUUAUAUUCCUGUAUAUUUGCAGUGUAUGUAGGUGUGAUGAACAACAACGCGUUAUCUUUAAAAAGUGACCAGUAUAUUUUCAUCUUGUGUGAUGCUUAUUCAAAUUGUAUAUUUAAAGAGGUAUAUAUUUUGUAGUUUGUGUAGCUAAUUCUUGUUGUGGAAUGUGAAAAUGCUGCUUGGAGGUAGAGGUGAUGUGUGAUGUGCAGAGUAGUCUUGUAUGGGUGGCAGCUAGUUCUCUGUUGUGUCCAUGAUGAGCUGUGUGUUUUUCUGGCUGUGCCCACUCACCUGUACCCACUUCAGCUUUACUGGUCUGACUGACAGGAUAUCUCUCAAAAUUAUUUCAGUCUGCCUCAGCUAUACUUGACAUGAAUGCUAAGAUAGCAUGCUAUAGCAGGUUGUCCUGCUUAAUGUAUGAAAACAGACACUUUACAGUACAAGCAAAACAUUAGCAUUUUAUCAUGCUACCUUUAGCAUGACAAGAUUAUUAGCAUACUAACCUAAACUUUGAAAUGUUGUAUGGAAUAUCACCAUGCUAUCCAAUAGUUGCUAGCAUAUUAAGAUGCUAACAAACCUUCAGCUAAAAUUCUGCGUUCACACAAUUUGGGCAGAAUGUGAUGAACAGGAUCCCAUUAUUCUGACUGACUUGGGAGUGUUGGUUACCCCAUUGAUUGCCUUGUAGUAAUUUAAACAGCCUAAAUUAGCUACUUUUGCGGCGUCGCGUAUUUGGAGCGGUUCAUUAACAAGUUAAAUCAGACACAAACAAACACUGUAUAGCUCCUUUUAAAGGAGCAGUGUGUGGGAUUUAGGGGAAUCUAUUGGCAUAAAUUGAAUAUAGUAUUAAUAAUACUGUUUUCAUUAGUGCAUUAUCACCUGAAACUAAGAAUCUUUGUGUUUUUGUUAGCUUAUAAUGAGCCCUUCAUAUUUACAUAGGGAGCGGGUCCUCUUCCACGGAGCCUGCCAUGUUGCACCGCCGUGUUUCUA